CACCGGUUGACCUUGAAAAUGACAUGGGACGAUGAUGGGUAAAAAACAAUCUCGUCGAAUAACAUUUCUCAAUUAUAAACGACGUUGACACUGCAUUGCAUGGGAAGAAAAUGUGAUAUUAGAUGACGAAUGAAAACCACUGAAACGAGCAAAUCAUUGGACUCAAUUGUGAACACUGGAAGCUUACUUAUAAGGGAAAUUACGUCGUGUUUAUACAUGUCCAUCAACGAACGCACAACUGAACGGUGCAUGCUAUUAUACCAGGAUGGCCGCCAACACCAACUUGUUCACUGACAAGGAGACCACUAAUUGGUUCAAGGCAUCCAUAGCACUCAAUGUGGCAAAGCAAGGACUUACUAACUUUCUUGACACACAAUUACAGAAUGUACACGCCGUUGUUGGUAAAAGUUGUGGAAACUGUCCGAUUGAAAAACUCAUACCAUGUCCCACAAAGCCAUAUUGCAACAAGAAUAAACGGAAUUAUUGUUCUUUUCACAAAUCACAGAAACCACAGCCGUGCCCAAAAUGUGAUCACGUAAAACAGAAUAUCAUAUUACAGCACAGAUACAAUGGGCCGUCCUGGAGAAACACUCGUGCGGAAAAGUGGGUACAAGACUAUUGGGAAAUAGGAAAAUGCUUCCUCCCUCCAGACGGAUAUACCAGCGUUUGCUCGGUCCAGGAAUCAGACUUCAAUGGUGUGAUAAGCAUCCUGUUGAAUUGCCUACAUUUCCAGACAUGUCUCUCCUCCUCUUGCCUGUCACCUCCACCGCCUGAUAAGCUAUGUCCACUAGAAAAGGUCCGUCAGAUCGGCCGAGAUGUGCGUCACACAUCCGACUGCAAGGUCACAGAUGCUGACCUCCAGGACUAUUUCCAGACCCUAUCUACGCUACUGACUGAUCCAAACUGCCUACAACAUGAUCCCACAGCAAUUCGUGCAUGCACGAGACUAAAUGAUUUGCAGAAUGACCACAUGUCCAUCAACGAAUUGGGAGAGCUGUUAAAAGAGGCCUAUCGAACGCUCAAACAUGCGAAAGAGGCGGGUGAAAGUUUUUCCGAUGAGGCAAAAAGGACCUUUGCGAAGGCUAAUGCUUAUUUAAUGUGCGUGGAGCAACGCCUAAAUAAGAAGACUCAGGUUGGAGAACAACGCCUUACAAACCAGACACAUGCUGGACAACGACGCCUUAAAAGCAAGACAAAAGCUGGGCUAGAACACAUUGAGCGCAAGAGAAACGAUGCGGAACAAUGCCUUGAAAGCAAGAUUAAGGAGAUCUUGAUCAAGAUUACUCGCAUGCAAGAGACAGCGAACAAAACUACACAAGUAGAAUACGAACGAGGCAAAGCAGAUUUUCGCAGCAACUUGAUACAGUUCUAUACGACGAAGAUGCAUACUGUAUCUGUUUCUCCACUAUGGGAGGGUUGUGACAAACCCGUCUGGGAUAUCUUUGUGAAACCAAAAUUGAUUCCUAUAAUUAUCGAAAAAGAUGGUUCUCGAACGAAAACAAACCAUACGAUUGAACAAUACAAGGACAUCUUUUACCAUGAUAAAAAACUCAAUCGUGUGUUUAUUCAAGGAGACCCCGGCGCGGGAAAAUCUACAUUCCUUAUGAAACUUGCGCUCGACUGGUGCGAGGCAAUAUCAUUGCAUAACCCAUCUCACAUGUCUACAUUUACCGAUGUUGAUACGUUGAGGGACUUCCAGUUUCUGUUUCACAUUUCACUUAGAGAUGCCAUCGGUCAGCGUGAGGUGAUAGAGAUGAUUAAAACACAAAUAAUCGACAUAAUUUACGCGUGUGAUGAACGCCAAAAUGCAUUUAAGCUUUUACAACAAAUCAUGAAACAAGAAACUUGCAUUUUAACUAUGGAUGGACUGAAUGAAUGGGCGGAUCAUUUAAACAAAUACGUUGUACCUUUAAUUGUAAACUGUCAUACAACGGUAGUAACAACACGACCAUGGAAAAUGAUUGAUGAGCGAAUCAAGGAUUCUGAAAUUAACAGACUAAAAGAUAUUGAAGGGAUAACUGAUACAGAAGAGCUCACAAAGCGCAUAAUACUCAGUCUUCAGACGGGUACUGAUAGGACACAUACUGAAUUCAUGGCGCACGUUAAUGAACAUAAAUUAAUGCGUUUUCUUACGUCGCCCUGGCUGCAGGUGUUAAUAGUUAAUUUGUGGAUAAACAAUAACGAGUUUAAAAGUUCUCUGUGCGAAAUUAACUGUAUUCUACUUGACCUUCUUUUUAAGAAGGCAAAUGCGAAAAAGGGUUACUUUAAAAUUGGACAUUCGAUACAGUGUUUAUCAAAUACGAGAUUCAUUAAGGAAAAAGUUGAAAUAUUUGACGCGCUUGCGAAUGCUGCGUUUCAGUUUACGUUUUCAUCAAAAAAAUCUUUAGCGUUCAGCGAACGGGAAUUAAUGAAUUAUUUAACUGUAGAACAGUUGUCAUUUUGCCUCCAUGCUGGUGUUUUAACACAAAGACGCAGUCUCGGUAUAGCAGCUGAGGAAUCACAGUUUUCAUUUAUACACGAGACUGUCCAGGAAUUCCUGGCUGCAUAUCAUAUCGCAAAUUCAAAGCAAGAACUCUCAGAGUUUUUCCCAACCGAAACGAAAUACAAUGUUUUAGAAAUGUGUCAGACAGUUAUUUAUCUGUGUGGGCUAGAUUGUAAGAAAGCUAAUGAACUGUUAAACCGUCUGACGGACGUCGAGUUCCUUGUUAACAUAAACCAAGGACUGAGCAAGUACGUACAGGGAUACGAUGACAUGGAACACCUAAUGGCAUUUCAGACUGACGAUUAUAUAAAGAUAAAGAAUGUUAAAUCAAAACACGCUCAGAUGACUAAAGGUGCACAUUUUCUUUUUGCACUUUCAGUCUUGUUUCAGCGCAUGAUUAUUUCAUGCUGCACUGAGGCCAAAGCCAGCGGUCAGAAGGAAAUUUGCCUGAAUUAUAGGGACUUUACAUUUAGUAAAUAUUUGAGUACUGCCGAUUCAAAAGCAUUAACAGAACUGUUAAUAUUCAACAAGUCAAAUGUGCGGUCACUUAUUUUAGAAACUAAUGUUCUACAAACAGGCGAAAUACUGACAGUCCUUCAACAUUCAAAGCGUAGUCUUGAACGCGUUACGACGAAAAUGACUCCAGAAAUCAAUAAAGAAUUACAGCAGAUGAUCAUACAGGAGCUGCACUGUUCUGGGAUAAUUGACGUAUCAUCAUUUUCUUGCGUACUUCCGUCCCUGUCUCAAUUAACGUAUUUGAAAAUUGAGGACUCACGAUUUUCGGAACACAUCGUUCUUCCUGACACAAUACAACACAUCAAUUUGUUAAAAUGUACAUGCACUAACGAGUUUCUGCGACGUUUACUAGUGCACUUAGCGUCAUUAAAACACGUUACUUGUGAUUUAUCUGAGAUUGAUACUGAUUGCAAUACAGACUUGUUUCAGUCAGAUUUAUUGUUAAGUGACAUGACAAAUAUUUGCCUAAAUGUGAAACUGGGAAAUACUGACUUAUAUGGAUUACUGUAUGGUUCAUCUAUCGGGAAACUGGGUCUGAAUACCGCUGAUGACCUCUCAUUAGCUUCAGAGUUUCUUCACACGCUCAACAAGCUCACAAAUCUAUAUUUGUUCGGGACUUAUACGGGUCGAUGUGAUCUCAGGCUGCCUGCGUCACUGCAAUGUUUUAGUCUGCAGAAAGUCGAAUGUUCAUCUGAGUGGCUGUGCAGCUUGUUGAUCACGCUAGCAACAUUAGAUCAUCCUGUCGAGUGUGAGCUGUGGGAUGUUGUAUUGCAGCCAUGUGAACAAGCAAGUGGAGAGGAGUCUCAUAAACAUGCAUCAGACUUGCGCUCUGAAAUAUUGUCACGUGACCUGUCUAAUAUCGAGAUAUAUGUGGAAAAUUGCAGUAUGGCACUGUUUGAAAUAUUACGUGAUUCAAGUAUAGGGAUCCUAGAUCUGACAACGACUGAUUGUGUCUUAUUAGCGUCAGAGAUACUUCACACGCUCAACAAGCUCACAAAGCUCUAUUUGUGGGGGACCUAUACGGGUCGAUGUGAUUUCAGUCUGCCUGCUUCACUGCAAUGUAUCAGUCUGCAGAAAGUCGAAUGUUCAUCUGAGUGGCUGUGCAGCUUGUUGAUCACGCUUUCUUCAUUAGAUCAUCAUGUAGAGUGUGAGCUGUGUGAUGUUGUACUGCAGCCAUGUGAAGAAGCUCAUGAAGAUGAGUCUCAUGUACAUGUAUCAGACUUGCGCUCUGAAAUAUUGUCACGUGACCUUUCUAAUAUUGAAAUAUUAGUGACAACAUGCAGUAUGGAACUGUUUGAAAUAUUACGUGAUUCAAGUAUAGGGAUCCUAACUCUGAGAACGACUGAUUGUGUCUCAUUUGCGUCAGAGAUACUUCACACGCUCAACAAGCUCGCAAACCUAAAUUUGUGGGGGACCUUUACGGGUCGAUGUGAUCUCAGGCUGCCUGCUUCACUGCAAUGUAUUACUCUAGCGGAAGUCGAAUGUUCAUCUGAGUGGCUGUGCAGCUUGUUGAUCACGCUUUCUUCAUUAGAUCAUCCUGUAAAGUGUGUGCUGUGGGAUGUUGUAUUGCAGUCAAGUGAAGAAGCUCAUGGAGAUGAGUCUCAUGUACAUGUAUCAGACUUGCGCUCUGAAAUAUUGUCACGUGACCUUUCUAAUAUUGAGAUAGUAGUGAAAACAUGCAGUAUGAAACUGUUUGAAAUAUUACGUGAUUCAAGUAUAGGGAUCCUAGAUCUGAGAACGGCUGAUUGUGUGUUAUUAGCGUCAGAGAUACUUCACACGCUCAACAAGCUCACACAGCUCUAUUUGUGGGGGACCUUUACGAGUCGAUGUGAUCUCAGGCUGCCUGCUUCACUGCAAUGUAUUACUCUAGCGGAAGUCGAAUGUUCAUCUGAGUGGCUGUGCAGCUUGUUGAUCACGCUUUCUUCAUUAGAUCAUCCUGUCGAGUUGCAGCUGCGGGAUGUUGUACUGCAGUCAAGUGAAGAAGCUCAUAGAGAUGAGUCUCAUGUACAUGUAUCAGACUUGCGCUCUGAAAUAUUGUCACGUGACCUUUCUAAUAUUGAGAUAUUAGUGAAAACAUGCAGUAUGAAACUGUUUGAAAUAUUACGUGAUUCAAGUAUAGGGAUCCUAGAUCUGAGAACGGCUGAUUGUGUGUUAUUAGCGUCAGAGAUACUUCACACGCUCAACAAGCUCACAAAGCUAUAUUUGUGGGGGACCUUUACGAGUCGAUGUGAUCUCAGGCUGCCUGCGUCACUGCAAUGUAUCAGUCUGCAGAAAGUCGAAUGUUCAUCUGAGUGGCUCUGCAGCUUGUUGAUCACGCUUUCUUCAUUAGAUCAUCCUGUAGAGUGUGAGCUGUGUGAUGUUGUACUGCAGCCAUGUGAAGAAGCUCAUGGAGAUGAGUCUCAUGCAUCAGACUUGCGCUCUGAAAUAUUGCCACGUGACCUUUCUAAUAUUGAGAUAUUAGUGAAAACAUGCAGUAUGAAACUGUUUGAAAUAUUACGUGAUUCAAGUAUAGGGAUCCUAGAUCUGGAAACGGCUGAUUGUGUGUUAUUAGCGUCAGAGAUACUUCACACGCUCAACAAGCUCACAAAGCUCUAUUUGUGGGGGACCUAUACGGGUCGAUGUGAUUUCAGUCUGCCUGCUUCACUGCAAUGUAUUACUCUAGCGGAAGUCGAAUGUUCAUCUGAGUGGCUGUGCAGCUUGUUGAUCACGCUGUCUUUAUUAGAUCAUCCUGUCGAGUUGCAGCUGUGUGAUGUUGUAUUGCAGCCAUGUGAAGAAGCUCGUGGAGAUGAGUCUCAUAAACAUGUAUCAGACUUGCGUUCUGAAAUAUUGUCACGUGACCUUUCCAAUAUUAAGUUAUCAGUGAAAACAUGCAGUAUGAAACUGUUUGAAAUAUUACGUGAUUCAAGUAUACGGAUCCUAUAUCUGAGAACGGCUGAUUGUGUGUUAUUAGCGUGAGAGAUACUUCACACGCUCAACAAGCUCACAAAGCUAUAUUUGUGGGGGACCUUUACGAGUCGAUGUGAUCUCAGGCUGCCUGCUUCACUGCAAUGUAUUACUCUAGCGGAAGUCGAAUGUUCAUCUGAGUGGCUGUGCAGCUUGUUGAUUACGCUUUCUUCAUUAGAUCAUCCUGUCGAGUUGCAGCUGUGGGAUGUUGUACUGCAGUCAAGUGAAGAAGCUCAUAGAGAUGAGUCUCAUGUACAUGCAUCAGACUUGCGCUCUGAAAUAUUGUUAUGUGACCUGUCCAAUAUCAAGAUAUCUGUGAAAAAAUGCAGUAUGGAACUGUUUGAAAUAUUACGUGAUUCAAGUAUAGGGAUCCUUAAUCUGGGAACGGCUGAUUGUGUGUUAUUAGCGUCAGAGAUACUUCACACGCUCAACAAGCUCACACAGCUCUAUUUGUGGGGGGCCUUUACGAGUCGAUGUGAUCUCAGGCUGCCUGCUUCACUGCAAUGUAUUACUCUAGCGGAAGUCGAAUGUUCAUCUGAGUGGCUGUGCAGCUUGUUGAUCACGCUUUCUUCAUUAGAUCAUCAUGUAGAGUGUGAGCUGUGUGAUGUUGUACUGCAGCCAUGUGAAGAAGCUCAUGAAGAUGAGUCUCAUGUACAUGUAUCAGACCUGCGCUCUGAAAUAUUGUCACGUGACCUUUCUAAUAUUGAAAUAUUAGUGACAACAUGCAGUAUGGAACUGUUUGAAAUAUUACGUGAUUCAAGUAUAGGGAUCCUAACUCUGAGAACGACUGAUUGUGUCUCAUUUGCGUCAGAGAUACUUCACACGCUCAACAAGCUCGCAAACCUAAAUUUGUGGGGGACCUUUACGGGUCGAUGUGAUCUCAGGCUGCCUGCUUCACUGCAAUGUAUUACUCUAGCGGAAGUCGAAUGUUCAUCUGAGUGGCUGUGCAGCUUGUUGAUCACGCUUUCUUCAUUAGAUCAUCCUGUAAAGUGUGUGCUGUGGGAUGUUGUAUUGCAGUCAAGUGAAGAAGCUCAUGGAGAUGAGUCUCAUGUACAUGUAUCAGACUUGCGCUCUGAAAUAUUGUCACGUGACCUUUCUAAUAUUGAUAUAGUAGUGAAAACAUGCAGUAUGAAACUGUUUGAAAUAUUACGUGAUUCAAGUAUAGGGAUCCUAGAUCUGAGAACGGCUGAUUGUGUGUUAUUAGCGUCAGAGAUACUGUGAAACCAUUUAUUUUCGUCGGCACAAAAUUUCGCCCUUUUCAUAAAAAUGACUAUUUCGUCCGCUCUUAAAUUCGCUCAAGCUCACAAAGCUCUAUUUUUUGGGACCUAUACGAGUCGAUGUGAUCUCAGGCUGCCUGCUUCCCUGCAGUGUAUAGGUCUGCAGAAAGUCGAAUGUUCAUCUGAGUGGCUGUGCAGCUUGUUGAUCACGCUAGCAACAUUAGAUCAUCCUGUCGAGUGUGAGCUGUGGGAUGUUGUAUUGCAGCCAUGUGAAGAAGCUCGUGGAGAUGAGUCUCAUAAACAUGUAUCAGACUUGCGCUCUGAAAUAUUGUCACGUGACCUGUCCAAUAUCAAGAUAUUAGUGAAUAAUGAUAGCAUGGCACUGUUUGAAAUAUUACGUGAUUCAAGUAUAGUGUGAGUUUUGAAUGUUGUAUUGCAGCCAUGUGAAGAAGCUCGUGCAACAAUCUUGCGCUAUGAGAUAUUGUCACGUGACUUGUCCAAUAUCAUGAUAGUUGUGCAAAAAUGCAGUAUGGGACUGUUGAAAAUUUUUCGUGAUUCAAGUAAAGGGAUCCUAAAUCUAAGAACGGAUGAUUGUGUAUAAUUAGCGUCAGAGAUACUUCACACGCUCAACAAGCUCACAAAGCUCUAUUUGUGGGGGACCUUUACGAGUCGAUUUGAUCUCAGGUUGCCUGCUUCACUGCAGUGUAUUAGUCUGCAAAAAGUCAAAUGUUCAUCUGAGUGGCUGUGAAGCUUGUUGAUUACGCUCUCUUCAUUAAAUCAUCCUGUAAAGUGUGAGUUGUGGGUUGUUGUAUUGCCGCCAUGUGACCAAGUUCGUGGAGAUGAUUCUUAUACACAUGUAUCAGAUUUGUGAUCAGAAAUAUUGUCACGUGACGUGUCCAAUAUCAAUUUAUUAGUGACAACUUGCAGUAUGAAACAGUUUAAAAAAUUGAGUGUUGGAAGUUUGAAUCUUAUAGUUUAUAACGAGAAUACACUAUCAUUAGUGCCACAAAGCAUGUUUAUCAUGUUGAAAGAAAUUCGUUUAAAAAGGAUUUAUACGACAGAGUUUUAAUACAUAUUUCCAGCGUCUCUGCAAUUUUUGAUUUUAGACGAAGGAUUCUGUUCAUCAGACUUGCUUUACGGUCUGCUAAUACACCUGUCAACGUUAGGCCAUUCCAUGCGCGUGUUUUUAAAUAAAUAUGUAGUACAUUAUCACGUGCCCUGUGGAAUAGAUUCAGAACCGCCCGUACUGCGAUUCGCAGAUUUGUCCAGUGUUAAAUUAGAGGUUAGGAAAGACUGCUCUGGAUGACAAUACACAUCACCAGUCUGAACAUGACUCAAAUAGAACAUGUUGACGCCUUGUUCCAGACACUGCCUCGUCUUACCUACUUGGAGCAGCUGAGGAUCUGUUUGCAUAACUAUCAUAUGAAUAUAAUUCUGCCGGGAUCUAUUAAGUACGUGUUUAUAAUUUUCAAAACAUUGCCUCCAUCUUCGUUGCGACAUUUCGUACAGAAUAUGCUUACUACAAAACAUAAUGUGCAUUGUAAACUGCUGUUCCGUGUUGAGGAGAAAGAAGACGAAUAUACGAAAACCAAAGCAGAAUACUGUGUCCAGGAAUCCUUGGAGGUGCAACUGUUGGUGGUGGUUGGGCUUCUCGUACACUUUCUGCUACAACUGAUGAUGCUGAUGACGAGUAUGAUAAACAUUUACUACGAAGAGAAGGAGAAUACGUUGAUACGAAACCGUGGGUUCACUAUUGUAAAAUUCGUCUGAAUAUUUCGUGCUUAGACAACUCUUUUAGUAUUCGUUAAACUCGUGUGCGUUUUAAACUAUAUAUCAUAUUAUCGCAUGUCCGCACCGAUUCCCGAAUUCCAAAGCUACUUAGAAAUCUCCAUACUUGAGAUUGUCGCCCAUGCAAAACAGGAAAAUAUUUUCGCUUUUUUUUCUUAAAAAAACACACACUGUACAUUCACUAACAACAAUUACGCCAUUUACAAACUACCACUGUACACGCCACUAAAUACAAUAAUACCAAUUUAAAACUUUUUUUUUCAAUUAAUGUACUGCCAUCAGAAAACGAUGUAUGAGAAUACAGUUAAUAUAUAAUUGUUAGGAUUAGAUAUUUGAUUGUUUGAAAGGUAUUUAUUUCCGAGCAAAAUUGCUAAUCGCCAUAUUUAAAGUUAAUAGAAUUACAACAGAGCGGUUUUAUACAAAGUAACGUGUUAUAGUGAAGAAACAUUUUACGUAUGAAUGUCGGAAAUAUAACCACUAUUUUGAUAAAGAUGUGCUUUAUCAUAAGUUAUUCUCCGACUAGACAAAUCAUUCUCACAUUCGAUUAAUAUGAAAGCAUAAAGCGAUUGUAUUUCUUACGAUUACCAUAUUUCAAUAUGGUUCAGCAUUGUGCGCUCUAGACUGUUUGCCCGCAAUACAAACUCCUUUAAGAAACACUGUUAUGCACUAAAUUCAAAUCUCUUUUUACAUCGUGGUUCAAACUAUAUUCGUCACCGCGGGUCAACUGGAAAUAAUAGUAUAUCAUGGCCUUUAUCACGGUUCAGUAAGGAAAUUACCGAACGUCCUAGUGGUUCUUGUGAUUUACAAAUUCAACUGUGCAAUCGGGAUAUACGAAAGUGCGACUUAGUCUGCAGCGCAAACUAGAGUCAUUAUCGCUGAGAUACCAAGUAUGCAACGCAAACCAUAGUCAUAAUCUACGAGUAACAGAGUCAGUCGCUUAAACUUAAGUCCUUACCUAUGAGUCAUCGAAUCAGCAACACAGACCAUAGUCUUAAUCUACAGAUUGCCAGAUCAGCAGCGCCAACAAUAGUAUUCUGUUGAGUAAACCAAAGUCAUCAUCGCCAUAUUACCGAUUCAGCGACGUAUCUCAUAGUCAUCAUCGCCAUGUUACCAAAUCAGCGGAUUAAUUCAUAGUCAUCAUCGCCAUAUUACCAAUUCAGCGUAGUAAUUCAUACAUGUAGUCAUCAUCGCAGAAUUACUAAUUCAGCGAAGUAAUUCUAUGUCGCCAACGCAGGGAUACCAAUAUAGCGAAAUAAUUUAUAGUCGUCAACACAGAGAUACCAAUUCAGCGGAGAAAAUCAUAUUCGUCAUCGCAGAGUUACCAAUUCAGCAGAGUAAGUCAUAAUCAUCAUCGCUAUUUUACCAAUUCACCGGAGUUAUUUCAUGGUCGUCAUCGCAAAGAUACUAAUUCAGCAGAAUGAUUUAUAGUCGUCAUCGCAAGAUACCAAUUCAGCGGAGUAAUUAGAAGUCGUCAUCGCAGAUUUAACAAUUCGGUGGAAUAAUUCAUAGUCUUCAUCACCAUGUUAUCUAUUAAGCGGAGUAAUUCAUAGUCGUUAUCGCAGAGAUACCAAUUCAGUGGAGUAAUUCAUAGUCAUCAUCAUCAUGUUAUCUAUUCAGCGGAGUAAUUCAUAGUCGUCAUCGUAGAGAUACCAAUUCAGCGGAGUAAUUCAUAGUCGUUAUCGCAGAGAUACCAAUUCAGUGGAGUAAUUCAUAGUCAUUAUCAUCAUGUUAUCUAUUCAGCGGAGUAAUUCAUAGUCGUCAUCGCAGAGAUACCAAUUCAGUGGAGUAAUUCAUAGUCGUUAUCGCAGAGAUACCAAUUCAGCGGAGUAAUUCAUAGUCGUCAUCGCAGAGAUACCAAUUCAGCGGAGUAAUUCAUAGUCGUCAUCGCAGAGUUACCAAUUCAGCGAAGUUAUUCAUAGUCGUCAUCGCCAAGUUACAAAUGCAGCAGCGAAAACCAUAGUCUCCGUCGCCAAGUUCCAAUUCAGCGGGGUAAACCAUGGUUAUCAUCGCCGCGAAACAAAUUCAUCGGGUUAAACCAUCGUCAUCAUCGCCUCGGAACCAAUUCCGCGCAGUAAACCAUAGUACUCGUAUACGAAUCACCAAUUCAGCAGCGCAAACUAUGGUCUUCAUCGCCGAUUAACCAAGUCAGCAGCAUAAACCAGCGAACGAUAUUUGAAGGGAGGUGCCCCGCCGUUGUCGCGUGGGAGCAAUCCAUAAGAAGUGUCCAGGAACCGUGAUUGGGGAUGUAAUAUUGCCACAGGGAUAACGUUCAUCCAUGUUUAACUGCACUUUCUAUCGCCCAAGCAUCUAUGGUCACCAUCGAUCAUCACUCAUCGAUGAAGAAGAAAAGCAGCUCUGCUAUCAAUGAUUUGCAGUGUUUCAAUUACUGGUAAUUCAAGCAUACAUGGUAUUACACUUUUUGAUUAAUGGAUUCAGGGACAAUACUUCCACGAGACGUUACAUAACUUAAAAAUAGCUUUUGUGCAAUUUGUGUAUGAUUGUGUCGUCAUUAAUGACGAGAAAUGCUACAUUUUAUUGCGUUGUUUUUUGUACGCCCGUUUUGAAAAACGGGACGUAUUAUAGUUUCACCCUUGGCGGGCGGGCGGCGGGCGGUGGGCGGGCGGCGGCAUCCACAGCAGUUUCCGCUCUCUAAUUCAAAUAGUUUUCAUCCGAUCUUCACCAAACUCGGUCAUAAGUUGUAUCUAGACAAUAUCUAGGUCAAGUUCGAAUAUGGGUCAAGCCGGGUCAAAAACUAGGUGACGGGUUCACUUAUUUGAUUUCAAGGAUUUAGCAUGGUGUCCGCUCUCUGAUUGAAGUAGUUUUCAUCCGAUCUUCACCAAAUUUGGUCAGAAGUUGUAUCUGGACAACAUCUAGGUCAAGUUCGAAUAUGGGUCACGCCGGGUCAAAAACUAGGUCACGGGGUCACUUAGUGCAUUGCAAGGAUUUAACAUUGUGUCCGCUCCCUAAUGAAGUAGUUUUCAUCCGAUCUUCACCAAAUUUGGUCAGAAGUUGUAUCUAGACAAUAGCUAGGUCAAGUUCGAAUAUGGGUCAUGUUUGAUCAAAAACUAGGUCACGGGGUCACUUUGUGCAUUUCAAGGAUUAAGUGUGGUGUCCGCUCUCUAAUUUAAGUAGUUUUCAUCCGAUUUUCACCAAAUUUGGUCAGAAGUUGUGUCUGAAUGAUAUGGAGGUCAAGUUCAAAUAUGGGUCAUGCCGGGUCAAAAACUAGGUCACUACGUCACUUAGUGCAUUUCAAGCAUUUAGCAUGGUGUCCAAAACCUUCAAACGGGCGAAUCUUGUGACAGUUUGGCACUCUUGAUUAAACUUGAUUGAUACAGUAACGGUUCAUGACAUUUGACCAUUACAAAGUAUAGAUUUACUAAGACCUUUCUAUUGAAGCAUAGUUGUACAUCUGUUACACUGAUAUUGUUUUGCAAUUUUGAUAGUGUCUUACGAAAGUAUGUAUAUCGGAUUCCUAAAUAUAAUUUGUAAAUAUGAAGGUGUGUAUAAUAAUAUAUUUUACGUUAAUGUUUAUUUAGAAUAACCAUGCAAAUAAUAUGUAGAUGGUCUGUAAAUGUACAUAGCAUGUACAUGUCUUAUUUGAAUUGUGUUUCAACAUGAAAUUAAUUGAUAUGUUCUGUAUGCAACUCAAUGAAAUUAAAUUGAUUUUGGAUUACACAUUUAUCAGCUGCCUCAACAUAAUAUUUAUAAGUAAGCACUCACAAAGUGGUUUAGAUGCAUUUUAAAAUAUAUUUUGUAUAUGUAUAUUUGCCGUUUUAAAAUGAUUUACAUGUGUAACGGCAACAUUUUUGUAUUUUUCGCGUUGCCGUGUCAAGCUAAAUUAUAACAUUGAACGUCAUGCAUUGAUGUUAGUGAAAAUUGCGUAGUGCUAAAUUAAACAUGUAAAUACAUUAUAAAGCUGUUCAUGAAAGGAAAAUGACUUUUUAUGCAUAAAUAUUUUGCUAUUACCUGAAUGUACAUGAUACGGUUAAUUCUUACUUUAUUCGUGUAGGUCGAUCAAUGCAGACAUGAGGGUGAUUUUGUUUUUACCUGUGUAUAUAUUACAUUGUUGUAAACAUUAACUUCUCACUUCAUUCUUGUAAGUCCAUCAAUUCCAAAACAAGGAUCAUUUUGCUAAUACAUGUGUACAUAUUAUCCAUUUUUCUAUUUGUAUUCUUGUAAGUCGAUCAAUUGCAAAGCAAUGAUGAUUGUGUUAUACCCUUUGUGUUAUACCCUUUAUACAUGUAUACAUAAUACAUGCAAUUUUACUUUUAAGUCUAUUAAUGUCAACAAACGAAUCGUUUUGUUAUUACAUGUAUAUACAUUUAACAUUUAAUUCUUACUUGAGUGUUGUAAGUAUAUUAAUGUUAUUAUAAGAAUCAUUUAAAUUGUCUUGGUUCUGAAUACUAAAAUACCCCGUGCUAGAAGUCAGUCAAUUUAGUUACAUUAUUUAUAUAUCAUAAUUUCUGAAAUGCCGUAAACCAAUACAUCACCGAGACGAAAAUGUACUUCAAGUACACGCAUUGUUAACGAGUUAUAGCGUUUAUCGUGAAAACUAUCAUAGCAUUUUAAGGUUAAUAUUGUUCCUUGUUUUAUUACUUAUAUAUUUGUACUUGUUUUAUAUACCUUGCAAUAUAAGAGUUGAUCAGUUACAACUCGACAACAUUGACCUUGCACUCGUGAACUGCACUAGUUCUACACGUGGAUUGAUCCUAUGUUCGCAUUAGGGUUUGUUCGUGUACGUUUUGCAUGAUCUUUGUGUACAAUAACUGUCUAUUUAGUGAGGUAAGUUUCAAUUGAGUCCAGAACAAACAUUACUAAAGAUAGAUAGAUUUGUUUCGGUAUCAUGGUGCAAACACAAUUAACAAACAUGUUGCAUUCAUAAAAUAAUACAUAAAAAUACAAACAUGAGUAUUAACCAUGUCACGCAACACAGUACCAAGGAUAUCACAAAUAAGAGAGCGAACACUUAUUUCCAUUGUGGUCCAUGUGGAUGGUGGCAUGACAUAGAGAGACAUAAAUUGUUGCUUAAUAAUAAAUCACAUAUUUAAAACUGAGCAUUAGUAAUAUUUGAAUUGGUGGACAUUAUUGUAGAAAUAUCACAGUUAGAAAUAAGCACAUACAACAUGAAGUUAAUAAAUGACUUAAGUAAUUAGAAUAUUUAUAGCAAAUAAAAAAUUAUCACAGAUAAUUACGACAUUAACAUUACAAACUGACUCGUGAAAUGUGAUAAAAAAAGCGGAUUUUAUUUUAAAAAAGUACACAUGAUACCGAUUACUUAGUAAAAGAAUAUUAUAAAAUCUGACGUAAGAGGUGGUUUUUGACGGCAACCUUGAACCUAUGGGACUCAGAUAUACUAGUAAUAGAAGGAGGUAACCCAUUCAAUAGUUAUGUAACGAUACUUAAGGGUUAAUAUGUGCAAGUUAUACGAAAUGAGACUCUUACAUGACACACGUAUAGCUUGUGUUAACCGCAAAAACAUAAUAACUGUAUUAUAAAUCUACAAUUAAGAAGAUUUGCACGGAAUGACGAAGUUCGCGAUUUAUUUGGUUGUUAUGUUGUUAGUACAUCAUAGAAUCGAGUUUAUUUUGUUUUAUCAAUGUUUGUAUAUACAUAUUUACCUUUCAACAUUGCUUCAGAAAAUGAUGGUAAACAUUUUCCAGUAUUCCAGUUUCAAUAUAUCUAAAGAAAGUGUAUGUGAAGUUUCGAUUAGAUGUUCAUAUAUAUCAGAAGUGUUUGUGUAAUAAAUCAUUCAUUGUUUAAAACACGUUUAUAAUUUAUUGAAUGUGGAAUUAUUAAACGAAAAAUUACGAGCUGCUUUAUUUACUAUUUGAAACAGUAUUAUGCUACAAAAAUGAAUAUGGAGCAUAUCAAUAUUUUGUAUAUUACGAAAAUAAUAUAUGUUCAUGUACUUUUCUUGGAAUAAUAUUAAAUAUAUUUUAAUAAACCCUAAGAUAACUAAAUCAGAAAUAGGUAUAUUUAGGUUUUAACUUGUAAAUGAGUACAAACGUCCAUUAAAAAUUUCAAAUUAUGAAAUAAUAAUCGGAAUUUAAACAGUAGUACGUUCGUUGGCUAUAGUACAUUCACGACACUCCGCUUGUUGUAUUAAGGAAAGAACGAUAUGAAGUGUGAGUUGUUCUGGAAAAAUAUGGAAGGUGCUUACUAUUUUGAAUAUAAUACUAAAGCCUUCUCGUGAAAUUAAACAGUCAAAUGCACGUGCUAAAGUUCUCCCAUUCAAAUCGUAAAAAACGUUUGUAAUGUUUCUUUACAACGUUAUGUAACAAAAGCAUAACAUAAUUUGAUUAAUUAUAAAUAAUAUUCAACAGUUAUGCUACAGUUAUUGAACAUACUUUUAAUUAAGAUUUUGAACAUGUUACAAUCAUAAAAGAUACAAGAAACGUGUAAUUCUGCAUACUAAUAGUUCACAUACAAAUUAACAGUUUAUAUUUUUUCGUCUCAAAUCUGGUAAAUUUGUUCUUUUUAUGAGCAUUGUUUACGAUUUAAAUGGGAGCCUUUGCACGAUUAAUCUUUUAAAAGAUGUCUACUUUUUUGUCCAUAAAACGACAUUUAUGUUGAUGAGUUUUGUUAGCCUCUAAUGGAAUUUUAUGUUGAACUUUCUUAUAUUUAAAACAUACAUGCGUUGUAAAUGUUAUGUUUAAAUAUUACCUUAUUAUAUAAGAAUUAAUUUUGAAACAUGGAUGUGAAAUGUUGCCAUGAUUGCUAUGUUUAUGUUGCUAUUUAAGCGAUUAAAAUGUGUAUCUUUUUUUAAACAUCACCAUGUAUGUCCUUUCAUAUAUAUGAACUAGUCCGUCUAUACAGGUCCUCUCCUUUAUUAAUUUUUGAUAAUUUCAAAAAAAUGGUAGUGUGGCCAGAAGUGAUGGAUUGUCUUUACAUGGACUGCAAAACAAAAUACUUAGUGUAACAAUAUGGUGAUUAUUGUUUUUAACUCACUUGAGCACCAAGUGUCGAAUGUUAGCUUUUGUGACAUCUAUUGUCCGGCGUAUAGUGCGAAUCAUCAACGUUUAUGUCCUUAUCACUGUCGAGUUUAACAUUUGUCAUCGAACAUCCAUAAAACUAAGUCAUAUUUUGACAAGAUGGUCGAUUUUUAAUUAAUAUACGUUAAAACAUAGCUUUCUUGUUAAAUUAGCUCUGUUGAGCACGGCGAUGAAACUAAAGUUUAUAUUGACAAUGUCUACGCCAAGUUACAAUCUCUUGUUCGCCCAAAAAUAUGUAUCGCCAGGUAAAAUUUAUAACAUGUCCUUAGUAUAACUCUAAAUUACCACAUGUGAACUCAAUUUGAAUUAAACCUUUAUAGAAUGUUUAUUAAGACCAUAUCUAGACCGAGUUUUAUUCUUGAGUUAGCGUAUACAAAAUGUCAUCCGGUCAAGUCAUAGUAAAACCUUAUUACCACUCUAAACAAUGUCAGGCCAAUGUCAAAGUUUGGUCAGAUGCGUCCAACAACUAGGUAACCAGGUAAUAUUGUAGAAUCUUCUUGAUACCACUCUAGGCCCACAUUUAUGACUCAGUCUUGAUGAAUCUUGGUGAAAACAUUUAUUUUGACAAUAUAAUGGCCACUUUGAUAUUAUGGUCAAGGAUUUCUAAAACUACAUCAAGUCCUAAGGUAAUGGGUGUCCAUGAACGUAGGUGAACGCUUAUGUAUUUGCUUUCCUGAGAACGACGGUUAGCUUGUGUGAUCUUGUGCCAUGUGGUUUGCAUGAUAAAACGUUUACACUGCUACCACUGAAGAGGAAAAACAAGGCCGAGUUUGAAUAUGGCUCAUGUGCGCCUAAAAUCCUAGGUAUUUUCUUAGAAAAAAACUUAUUAACACGCUAAAAGCUGCAUGCGUGACUCAAUCUUGAUUAAUUAGUUUAUCAUGUUUAUUUGGAAUAUAUUUUAACCGAGUCGCAUCGUCAUGUGCGCACUAAAAUAAUGAAAUGAUCUUGAUGAUACUGAAUCAGAAUGUUUGACAUUAUCCGGAUCACGUGCAUUAAAAACGAGGUCACUAAGUCAUAUCUAAAAAAUAAGGAUUGUUUACACUCUAGAAAUAUAUUAAGCUAAUGUAACGUGUCAGACAUGUAAUUUAAAUUGAAUAAAUGAGUGACGCAGUUACUCGCCGUUGACUUGCUCUUUUAGUUAUGAUAGUUUCAUGCCAAAUCACUUGUUGGUAUCAGUUUGUGUUGUUAUUUUCGAUGAACGGUGAGUUUACUACCCCAUUUUGAAGAAAGCAGCGUAGAGCAGCCAAACUGAACGUUUUUAAUUCGUGCAUGUGUACGUCUGUGCGAAAUUGCAUGUCACCGCCAUGACAUUGCCAUAUAUUGAUAGGGUUUUCAAUAACUUUCCACACUUGUAUACUUUCAAAAGACGACGUGUCGUGAGCAGCUACCUCAAAGGUCUCCCGUUUUGGUUGAUGAUCUACUUUGGCAAUAAAACAGCUUAAAAAAUUGUUUAGUCAUCACGUCGACACAGGGAACUAAAAAUAACACAAAAGUGAACUAUUUAACGAUGACGUGACGCUUGUAAAAACCAUUUCCCUACCUUAAAGGUCAACUUCAUACGUAUAGGUAAGAAUUCAAACUUUUGCAAUAAAACAGAUUGAAAAUGCCUGUUUCCGUCAUAACUUUGCUUUAUACGGGUGUAUUUUAAACACGGAUGCGAUCCAUUAUAUGGUUACAAUUAUAUUUUAAAACGUGUCCACCUACAUAAAACGUGAAGGGAACACUUAAGAAUUUAAUGAUCGAAUUUGGUCAUUAAAAAGCUUGUUCUUUCUGUAUCUUUGGCAUUCAUCAUGCUUUUAAGAUAGCUUCUAACAAAUGAUAACCAUGAGGAGAUGAUAGGAAUUUUGUGGGAAAAAGCCGUAUCAUGAUCUCAAAGGUCAAGGUCACACGAAUAGGAUAAAAUCCAAAUUUUGCCAUAAGUAGCGUGUUUUUUUUUUAACUAAGCGGGCAUUUAAAACAAAAGUUGAAUGUAGGGAUAGCCUUACCCUGUAGACACAUAUCGUGUUCAUUUAUGUAUUUCCGUUUAUUUUUCAUAAGUUCCUACCUUCUGUCAGGUGAAGUCUAAAAUAAUUGAUGUCCAUGAACUCAUGUUAGCGUUUAAGUGCCUCUUGUAUUCAUCGAUGGAUAACGCUUAUUUGAUAAUGAUGCAAGGCUUUGCCAAGUUAUACCUUAAGUUAAAUCUUGAAUAUGCACCCAUGAUGAUGUUGAAAGGGAUGGAUGAGAGGUCAACUGACGUUUGAGAGUUGCAUCCUUUUUCAUGAAUUUAAUAAUUUAAUAAACGAAUAAUCAUCAUACUGUUA